AUCAUCACCAUGAAGUUUCUUCUACUCUGUAUGCUCCUCGGAGCUGCUGCUGCUUUUGAGGAGGACGAUAAGAUUGUUGGAGGCUACACCUGUGCCGCUUACUCUCAGCCCUGGCAGGUAUCCCUGAACUCCGGCUACCACUUCUGCGGUGGCUCCCUGCUCAACAGCUUGUGGGUGAUCUCUGCUGCUCACUGCUACAAGGCGAGCAUGCAGGUCAGACUGGGAGAGCACAACAUCUUCACCUCUGAGGGCACCGAGCAGUUCAUCAACUCCGCCAGAGUCAUCAGACACGCCAGCUACAACUCCAGAACUCUGGACAACGACAUCAUGUUGGUCAAGCUAGCCUCUGCCGCCACCCUCAACUCCUACGUCAGAGCCGUAUCUAUGCCCUCUGGCUGCCCUGCCGCCGGAACCAACUGCGUGAUCUCCGGAUGGGGCAACACUCUCAGCAGUGGAAGUAAGUAG